CCGGUACGGUUGGCCAUCGAGCCAGUCCGCGUGAUAUUGAAUAAAUCAAAAGCUCCAAACGCAAAUAAACGAAGAACGGAAUUUUCGUAUUCAGCGAGAACAGCCGUGUGUUGUGUCGGUACGUGACGACUGGACGUCUCGGCAUUUUAAUUCCCUGAGAAAUAACGAACCCAGUGAUUUCGUCGGGUGUUUGUGUUGAUUGUAAAUCAGUUUCGUGAUGUAAAUAAUGAUUUUUCGGGGCCUUGGGAAUCCGAUUGAUCGGGGGUUCGACGCGGUGCGGGAAUUUAGUGAAGAGAAAUGAAAUUGUAAUUUUUCGAUCGAGUGAGACGAGUGUUUCGCUGUGGCAACUGCAGCCUCGAUCCCUUUUUUGCAUCUGGUGUGCAUGAAGCAAUUUUACUUUAUGAGUGAAGGGUUUAUGGCGCCAUUGAGACGAAUUAAAUUUGUCAUAACGAACGGUGGAACAUUGAAUUGCGCAAUUGACCGUUAAUCAGUGAAAUUGUUACGAGUGUUAUUAAUUUGCAAUUGUUAUGACCGUGUUUGCCACGGGCACCAGGAGCGAUGAUGUCGAGUGGCUGUUGAUUCUCGACAGUGUUGAGAAACACUCGGGGUACGAUAAAGGCUGGUGCACUGAUACACUUGGGCCACAGGCCCAAAUUCAGGAUACGGCGGUUGGCGGGAGCAAUUUGACCGCUGGUAUAACCGCCAACCCCAUCAUGCCUCGGGCAUUACCGACCAGACGGGGAUUGCAGGCACUCGCACUCAUACUUGCGACUGCUUAUGCCACUAUUCUGAUUUAUCAGGCUGUUGCACCACGUCAGUGGCCAGAGGAGUCUGUAGUCGUCCUAAACCCCGCAAUAUCCGAUGGGCACGUUGACAUUUCUGUAAUGCCGAAAAUAAGUGUGGAAGAGACAGCAGUUACGCCGCCGGUUGCAACAGCAACAAUGGCACCUUUUUCCACCGACCUCAACGACGUCUUCAUCAGCGUCAAGACAACACGCCACUAUCAUCAUUCACGACUGCCUUCGAUCAUCGACACGUGGUUCCAAUACGCGAAAGAUCAGACGUGGUUUUUCACUGAUAAAGAAGAUCAGUACCUGCAAAAUCGGACGAACGGACACCUAGUCAACACAAAGUGCUCAUCCUCCCACAAUCGUCGUGCAUUGUGCUGCAAGAUGAGUGUAGAAUUCGACAGGUUUCUCGAGUCCGGAAGAAAAUGGUUCUGCCAUUUUGAUGACGACAAUUACGUGAAUGUACCGCGUCUGCUUAAGCUGUUGGACAAUUACAAUCCCCGGGAGGACUGGUAUCUCGGCAGGCCGUCGAUACCAGCACCCUUGGAGAUCAUGAGGCAACAAGGUGCUGAGUCGGCGAAACGACCUCAGAAGGUGAAAUUUUGGUUCGCCACGGGGGGCGCUGGUUUCUGUAUCAGCAGGGCGCUGGCACUCAAGAUGAUACCGGUGGCUGGCGGCGGAAAAUUCAUAACUGUCGGCGACAGAAUUCGACUGCCCGAUGACGUCACAAUGGGGUACAUUAUUGAGCAUUUGUUGAAGAAACAAUUGACAGUGGUUGAGCAAUUCCACUCACACUUGGAGCCUAUGAAGUUUCUCAAUGAGGAUACCUUCCAUGAGCAGGUAUCGUUCAGCUACUCGAAGGAUCCACGGGACGAGUGGAACGUUGUUAAAAUCGAUGGUUUCCGUCUCAAGGAUGAUCCUAAUAGAUUCAGAUCAAUCCACUGUCGAUUAUUUCCCCACGAGACUGACUGCCCCAGGAGAUGAUCAGGGCUUAUUAUUUAUCGACAACAUCCAAAGAGGACAAUUAAUACAAUUCUCAUUGAUAUCUGAAUCAAUUAAAAUAACUAGAUUAUUUUGAGUUUUAAAAUGUUGUUAAACAACUCUUUGGACCUGUAAAUAUGUAAUUUUACACUGGAAAAUACUCGUAUCUUCUCAUCGUGAAAUCGUGAUACUUGUAAAUACUUUUGAUGAGAGAAGUGCGAGAAAUAUUUCAAGAGAAUAUUUAUAUAAAUUUAUAGCGUGAGGAUGAGUUAUCAUACUGUCAGAGUUCUACCGUUAACAAUUUGAUUAUUUAUGUUUUUUUUUUAAAUGCGAACUCCGAACUAGUCUCAUUAUUGAAGCAGACAGCUCUACAAUGUGAUAUCUUAGUCUGUGAGGGAAUGCCUGAUCGUACGAUUUUUUCUUUUUCUUCAUUUCAGUAGCGAAGUGGUCGAACGGUUUAAGCCGAUUUUGGCUAUUGGCCA